CUCGGGAUCCGAGCUCACGGGCUUUGUUGAGGUGGCCAUCACGCAGCCGGAGCUGCAGCACCACCACUGGAAGUGCGUCACCCGAUUGACGCGACCGGAUGAGCUGUACGGCGACGACUCCAAGCGCGGCGUCUACACGAACGAGAGCGGCAUCCACCACCGGGGCUGCAGCGACUCCAAGAUGAACGACUGCAAUUGCCACAUGCGCCCCCGGCAGGACAUCCACGUGCCCUUCCCUGCGGUCGAGUGGGCCAGCAUCCUGAGCACGGCCGUGCAAUAUCCUGACGUGGAGCACCAGCGGAAGCGGGAGAAGCGCCACGAGGCCAAGAAGCAGCACGAUCUGGACAGGGCCGGCAGCAAGCGGAAGAGAUCCGAGGACGAGGGCGAUGCCGCGUCGUGGAGCCGCCGCGAGCCAACGGGCAGCGACCUGAUCUGCAAGGUGGCCAUGUACCAGGAGCUGUGGUCGCGGGCGCCCGACUCGACGCAGUGGAAGAGGCAGGCCAUCAUCUUCUGGCGCUUCAACACCACGAACCAGUGGUACAAGUACAGCCCGGUGUUCAAGCCGUCGGGCACCUCGUGGCGCUGGCUCACCAUCAACGACCCCAUGUCGCGAUAUCACCAACAGAAGGCGCUCGUCUACCCCUCAUCCUCGUCCGCGUCCUCCGCCAGCGCCGUGCCCAGGGACGCCGUCAUGUCGCCGACGCCCAGUGUGAGCCAGCACCUCGCGGGCAUCAUGAACGAGAACCUGAGCUCGGCCUGGGCGAACGGCGCGCAGGUGCCCCCCGUCCAGACAAACAUGAACGUGUUUGACUUUCCAACAGGCCUGGCCACACCACCGCCGACGGCGACCAUGCAUGGCCCCUAUGCGGGCGGGAGCUUUGACCCUGUGAACAGCUACCUGCCAACAGUGAGCGGCGCGUCGGUGGGUGGCGCGGCGAAUGAGCGCUCGCACUCGCACUCGAUGGCAUUGGCUCACGGGCCCUCGUACUUUGAGGGCCAGGCAGGCUUCGCGGACAUGAAGGCCAUGGCGGCGACGACGCAGUAUCUCGCCGCGACGACGGCUGCCCCCCUGGAUCUGGCCACGCAGCUGGUCUACGACGACACGGCCGCCAGCAUCCAGGGGUGGGACAUGUCGCCUCUCGACGCCUGGCCUGGCCCGGCCUCUGCGACGAGCGCGGGCGGCGAUUGGGCGGCUGCCACUGCGUCAACGCUGCCCAAGGCAGAGCCCAGUGACCAUUCUGUGCUCUGGAACCCCAGCCAAUGGGACAUGCCGGCCUCUGCGGUUGGUGGCGAGCACGACGACAGCCCUAGGGCCAUGAAGAGGAGGCGGACAGAGCCUUCAAAGAACACGCAUGUGCCUCUUCCGGGGGCGUGGUAAGCGGAUGUGGGAUCAUGGGGCUGGGAAUUACGGGGACUACUACUACGACGAUAGAUACACACGGGGUUCUGGGACUGGAUGGCACUUUUGUCCUUUUUUGUUCACUUGCAUUUGAGUAAUGAUUUUACGGCUGGAACACUGAAAGAAAUUUCGAGGCAGGAGGACAAAAAUCACAUGAGAUUUUGUUGAAUACCAGGAGACACAAGGUGAUUGGAGGCGAAACUGGCGAAUACGCGGCGUUUGAAUCACGUUUCUUGUUUGUGCGA